UCUGAUAGGGCCAGUUUCUGCGCAUUGCACAUUUUUUUUUUCCUUUCAGGAACGUGUUCGGGCCCGCGGCAGGGGGCGGGGUCGUGCCUCCGCCUCGGCUCUGGUGCCAGCGGAGCCUCACCGACGCAGAGAUGGAAAUCCCGAGGCUGCUCCCGGCUCGCCGGACACCACAGGGCGGCGGCGGCUGUUGCCCCGCGGGCGGCGGCGGGGUCCACCGAGGCCCUGAGUCGCAGUCUUGUCAAGCCCCGGCGCGCCGCCUCCUACUGCUCCGGGGGGCCCAAGAUGGCGGGCCCGAGCCGCGGAGCGAGGAGGCCCACAGGGCCUCACGGGGCCCGGGCCCAAGCCCGAGCCCGUUGGCGCCGAGGCCGGAUCACCCCAGCAGCGGCGGCGACGACUUCUUCCUGUUGCUGCUUGACCCGGUGGGUGGCGACGUGGAAACCGCGGGCACCGACCAGGCCGGAGGGCCCGUGUGGAGGGAGGAGGCCGAGGUGGGCCUGGGGCCUGAGCGGGGCGAGAGCGGCGCGAACUCCGCGGGCCGCCUUGCGCUGGAUCCCCGUUGCCUGCCCGCGGUUCCGGCCCCGACCUCGGCUCCGGCCCCGGCCCCGGCCCCGGCCCCGGUCCCCGCCUCAGGCCCGGGCCCCGCGGCGGCCUUCGCAGGCACCAUCACUAUCCACAACCAGGACUUGCUGUUGCGCUUUGAGAACGGCGUCCUCACCCUGACCACGCCCCCGCUGCCCGCCUGGGAGCCGGGGGUCGUACCUUUUCCGCAGCCGGGGGGUCUAACUGCCCCGCCAGCCGGGAUUCCGCAGGCCGCCGCACAGCUGGGAGACUGCCCAGAGCUGCCGCCAGACCUCCUGCUGGCCGAGCCCGCGGAACCCGCGCGCGCCCCGGCGCCCGAGGAGGAGGCUGAGGGCCGGGCCGCCGCCCAGAGCCCCCGCGGGCCGCUGGUCCCCGGUCCAGGCGUAGUGCUCUACCUGUGCCCCGAGGCGCAGUGCGGACAGACCUUCGCCAAGAAGCACCAGCUGAAGGUGCACCUGCUGACGCACAGCAGUAGCCAGGGCCAGCGGCCCUUCAAGUGCCCCCUGGGCGGCUGCGGCUGGACCUUCACCACAUCUUACAAGCUCAAGAGGCACCUGCAGUCGCACGACAAACUGCGGCCUUUUGGCUGCCCAGCGGAGGGCUGUGGCAAGAGCUUCACCACCGUGUACAACCUCAAAGCGCACAUGAAGGGCCACGAGCAAGAGAACUCGUUCAAAUGCGAGGUGUGCGAGGAGAGUUUCCCCACGCAGGCCAAGCUCAGCACCCACCAGCGCAGCCACUUCGAGCCCGAGAGGCCCUACCAGUGUGCGUUCUCCGGCUGCAAGAAGACGUUUAUUACAGUGAGUGCCCUGUUUUCCCAUAACCGCGCCCAUUUCAGGGAACAGGAACUCUUUGCCUGCUCCUUCCCUGGCUGCAGCAAACAAUACGACAAGGCUUGUAGGCUGAAGAUUCAUCUGCGAAGCCACACCGGUGAGAGACCUUUCCUUUGUGACUUUGACGGCUGUGGCUGGAACUUCACCAGUAUGUCCAAACUGUUAAGGCACAAAAGGAAGCACGACGACGACCGGAGGUUCACGUGCCCUGUAGAGGGUUGCGGGAAGUCUUUUACGAGGGCUGAGCAUCUGAAAGGCCACAGCAUAACCCACCUGGGCACAAAACCUUUCGUGUGUCCCGUGGAAGGCUGCUGUGCCAGGUUCUCCGCUCGAAGUAGCCUCUACAUCCACUCCAAGAAACAUCUGCAGGAUGUGGACACUUGGAAAAGCCGUUGCCCGGUCGCCACCUGUAAUAAACUCUUCACAUCCAAGCACAGCAUGAAAACCCACAUGGCCAAAAGGCACAACCUCGGCCAGGAUCUCUUAGCUCAGCUAGAAGCUGCAAAUUCUCUUACACCCAGCAGCGAACUUACCAGCCAGGGACAGAGCGAUCUCAGUGGUCCAGAGAUAGUAUCUCUCUUCUCUGAGGUGCCUGGCAACAGUUCUGCUGCAGUGCUGGACACGGCAUUGGUAAAUUCUGGAAUUUUGACUAUUGAUGUGGCUUCUGUCAGCUCAACUCUGGCGGGGAGCCUCCCUGCCAAUGGUAAUAAUUCCUUAGGGCAGGCUGUGGACCCUCGGGCCUUGAGGGGCACCAAUGACCUUCCUCAAAGUCUGGAUACCUCUCUCUUUUUCGGAACGACAGCGGCUGGUUUUCAGCAGAGCCCGUUAGAUGUGGAUGAUGUCUCCACUGUAAGUGUGGCCCCUUUGGGAUCUCUGGGCUGUUUGGCUAUGAAGAACUCAAGUCCAGAGCCCCAAGCUUUGACACCCAGCAAUAAGCUAACAGUGGACACGGAACCUCUGACUCCCUCGAGCACCCUUUGUGAAAACAGUGUCUCAGAACUACUGACACCAGCCAAAGCUGAUUGGAAUGUACAUCCUGACUCUGACUUCUUUGGGCAGGAGGAAGAAACCCAGUUUGGAUUCUCCAAUCCAACAGGAAACCAUGGUUCUCAGAAAGAAACAGAUCUUAUCACGGUGACUGGCAGCUCGUUUUUGGUAUGAACCGAGUCUAUUUGUUCCUUGCCAUGUGGCUUACUUUUAUUACACGCUCAAUUUUGAGGGUAUUCUGGACUGAAUGCUCACAUGCAGCCAUUUCUUACUGGUUUUGCAAAAGAACACAUCCCUGGAUUACAAAUUUGGAGAUUUAAAUUCUUGAGUCUGGAACUGACACGUUCUGUGACCCUGAGCAACUCACUUAACCUCUCUGAGCCUUAAUUUCCUUAUUUAUAAAAGGAGGUUGUUUGAGUAGAUUGCCUCUAUGGUCUUUUCAGCUUUGUAUUUUUAUGAGUUUUGUGCUAUUUCUGGAUAAAUUUAGUGUAUUUUACAGUGACUAAUGUACAUGCUUCAAGCGUUCCCUUUUGAACAUUAUAUGAUGAAAGAGGAAAUGGUGGUUAAUUUUAAAAAUUUAAUGACAAUUUUACAUAGUGCCAAAAAUAUAAUAUCCAUUAGUAGAAUAAUAAAACAGCUAGAAGUAUGGUUUGAGGUAGCUUUUUUUUUGUUGGAAGCUAUGUCGUUGUAGAAAAUGCCAGGGCUUUCACAUGAUAUGAACUCAGACUGAAUUAUUGCCUCUGUGAUGUUGAAUAAGUGACCUUAAAAUAGUCAUUAAAUCUGGCUGAGCCUUAGUUUCCUAGCUUUAAAACAGUAAUAGAAAUUUUCAUUUAUG